AGGGAGGAGCCCUUGCUGAUGUCAGCAUGCUGAAACGAAACUUAAGGCACAGACUGAUAAAAGACGAGCUCUCCAACACAAAGUCAAGUUUGCUUUGAGUUUCCUGCGCAGCUGCUUUUAAAACUCGAUGCUUCACAGACAUGGCGACUGCCAGCAGUCUGCUGUCAGAGGAGAAGUUCCUGUGCUCUGUGUGCCUGGAUGUGUUCACUGAGCCAGUCUCAACGCCAUGUGGACACAACUUCUGCAGGCCAUGUAUCCACAAGUAUUGGGACAGCAGUGACGUUUGCCAGUGUCCAUUGUGCAACAGAACAUUUUCUCCCAGACCUGAACUCCAUGUCAACACUUUUGUGUCUGAGUUAGCUGCUGAGUUUAAGACUCAAGUUCAAGUCAAAGGCUCAACUCUAGAACCACAGCUUCCUGAAACAGAAGAUGUUCUCUGUGAUUUCUGCUCUGAGAUAAAGAAGAAGGCUGUUAAAUCUUGCCUGAUGUGUCUAUCAUCUUUCUGUAAGGUGCACCUUGAGCCACAUCAGAGAGUUGCUGGUCUCAAGAGCCACACAUUAUUAGACCCUGUGAAGAAUCUGGAUGACAGGAUGUGCAAGACGCACAACAAGAUAACAGAACUGUACUGUCGGACUGACCAGGUCUGUGUUUGUGCACUGUGUUUGAAAACUGAUCACAAGGGUCACAAUGUUGUCUCACUUGAGGAAGAAUAUGAAGCUGUGAUGGCAAAAAAAGAUGCGAUGAUAGCAAAUAUCAAGAAGAUGAUCCAAUCACGGUCCAAGAAGGUAGUUGAAAUCGAAACCUCAGUUGAUGUCGGGCAGAAAGAAGCUGAAAAAGAGAAAGACGCCAGCGUGCAGGUCUUCACCGACUUGAUCCGCUCCAUUCAGAGAAGCCAGGCUGAGGUCGUUGAGAUGAUCGAGGAGAGGCACAGAGCAACAAAACUGAAGGCUGAAGGUUUUCUCACAGAGCUGAAGACAGAAAUCGCUGAACUUGAAAGCAGAAGAAACCAGUUGGAGCAGCUGUCACAGUCUGAGGAUCAUCUGCAGUUUGUCCAGAGCUUCCAAACAUUGUGCUCUCCUGUAAACAAGGACUGGAGCAACACUGGUGUUCACAGUGACCUGUGUUUUGAGGCACUGAGAGGUGCCAUGACUCGUCUCAAAGAGAGAGUUGAUGAACUAGUCAAAGCUGAGAUUAAAAUGAAAAGAAUGAGACAACAUGCAGUGGACUUGACUUUUGACCCUGACACAGCAUUUUGCUCACUUGUCAUAAGCCAGGAUGGAAAACAAGUUGUAGAUCGAAACAUAGACCAGAAAGUUCCCGACAAUCCAAAGAGAUUUGAAAUGUGUUCAGAGGUUUUGGCAAAGGAGGGGUUCACAACAGGGAAGUUUUACUAUGAAGUGCAAGUGACAGGAAAAACUGAAUGGGUUGUUGGACUUGUCAAAGAGUCCGUAAAUAGAAAGAAGAACAUACCCUUGUUAGUUAAAAAUGGUUACUGGACCAUUGGGCUUGAUGAAGGUCUAUAUAAAGCAUAUACAAAACCAAAUGUUCACCUCACACUGAAAGAAGAGCUUCAGAAGGUUGGCGUCUUUGUAGAUUAUAACAAGGGAUCAGUUUCUUUCUAUAAUGCAGAUUCUAAAUCACACAUCUAUUCUCACACUGGCUACAAGUUUACAGAGAAACUAUAUCCAUACUUUGGUUUUCAAGGUGACUCCGCCCCUUUCAUCAUCACACCUGUACCUCAAACACACUGAGCUUGAUCCUCGUGGGUCUUUUCUUUUAGACCACAGGAAAAAAUAACUUUGAUGUCUGAUAACAAAUUUACUUUACAGCAACUUGAAAAUGUUAUGUUAAAAUGUUAAUCAAACUUAAUCUGACAUUUCUAAAACUUUUCUACAUGUGCAUGGAAGUAUGAAACUGCCCCUGCAGUGAUAUGUUGUCCUUUUCUCCACAGUGUGCUUUAUUUUCCAUGUAGAUGUGAGCGGUUGAUACUAAUGUUGCACAGUAAUAUUGUCAUCUAUCGUAAUGUGCCAUUACUAUGUUUAGAUAUUGUGUUGCUUUCUCUCAUACACUUGAUUUUUUUUUUCACUGGUUAUUUGCAUUAAAGAGUGAAGUUAUUGUUUUAUCAUCCCUGACUAUGAUCUAUCAGAAACUUGUGAGCAAAGACAAGUGAGAACGAGUUUUUAAUUUUCUCAUUUUUUGUUUUGUAAUUCAGUGUCCUGAAAUAAAGACGUAUCGUACAUUUG